AUGUCAAUUUCCAUUAGGGGACCCGGCUUCCGUACUUCAGACUUCGAAUCAAAUAGAUUGAUUGGCCAGGCUCAAUUUCUUGGAGCGCAGACAGUCAUGAACGGGCCUCUGAGUCCUGUCCAUGGCACUGUCAAGAGUGUCCAUGUCUAUAUGGCAAUGGCCAAUCACUCUUUCACUCUCCCUAACGGAACCACUGUAUCGACAUGUCCUGCUGCCAUGGGCUUUGCAUUUGCUGGUGGAACAACUGAUGGCCCCGGAGCAUUUGACUUUGUCCAAGGCGACAACUCUUCAACUCCUCAAAAUCCAUUCUGGGAGAUAGUGAAAGGCGCUGUAACCCCUUUCCCCAGUCCGGCACAAAUAGCCUGCCAAGAUCCUAAACCCAUCCUACUGAAUACGGGAUUCGCGCAUACGCCCUACGAAUGGGCACCAAAUAGCGUCGAUAUUCAAAUGCUGCGCGUUGGGAAUUUCGUAAUGUUGAUAAUGCCGGGUGAACUUACCACGAUGGCUGGGAGGCGAAUUCGCGAGGCAAUUCGGGCUAAGCUCAUUUCCACUGGCGUUCUCGGCGCGGAUGCGUAUGUGGUAGUAGCGGGACCUGCUAAUGUAUACGCACACUACGUCACUACGCGUGAAGAGUAUGGAGUUCAGCGAUACGAAGGCGCGAGCACUAUUUUUGGCCAAUUCACUCUGGAAGCGUAUAUCGACAAGUACUCCAGUCUCGUGCCCUUCCUAGCCGACAAUUCCACGGGCACUCCUGCGUCUGACCCUCCACCACCGGAGCAAACAUCAAAGGCCAUCUCACUACAGACUGGGGUCGUUUUCGAUGCUUCGCCGAUAGGAAAGAAAUUUGGUGCUGUCCUAACCGACGUAAACACCAACGCUCCAUAUCAUGCCGGAGACACUGUAUUCGCACAGUUUGUUGGCGCCAAUCCACGGAACAAUCUUCGUCUGGAAGGAACGUUCCUAACCGUCGACCAGCUAGUUUCGGGUCAGUGGAAGACUGUGCGGACCGACUCACAUCCAUCAACGAUCUAUAGCUGGACAAGAGUUAGCACCAUUCUGGGGACUAGCAAUGUAAACAUUUCUUGGUAA